CAAGUGUCUGCUAUGCCCAUGGACACUUAUAUGGGUAAUGGUUUCCGAAAGGACCUUUUUCAAAUGGUAGCAGAUUUGAAGCCAAGAUUUCUUAGAUUCCCCGGUGGUUGUUUUGUUGAAGGAGAUUAUCUUAAAAACGCAUUUCGGUGGAAAGAAACGGUUGGACCAUGGGAGGAUAGACCGGGACACUUAAAUGAUAUUUGGAAUUAUUGGACUGAUGAUGGAUUGGGUUAUUUUGAGGGCCUCCAAUUAGCUGAGGAUCUUGGUGCAUUACCAAUAUGGGUCUUUAACAAUGGUCUCAGCCAUCACGACGAAAUUAAAACAGCUGACAUUUUACCUUUUGUGCAAGAAGCACUCGAUGGCAUUGAGUUUGCUAGAGGUUCUCCCACAUCUCAAUGGGGCUCUCUUAGAGCUACCAUGGGACAUCCUCAACCAUUUGACUUGAGAUAUGUUGCUGUUGGAAAUGAAGAUUGUGGUAAGGUUAAUUAUCAAGGAAACUACCUUAAGUUCUAUGAUGCUAUAAGACGUGCUUAUCCAGAUAUUCAGAUAAUCUCAAAUUGUGAUGCUUCUGAAAAACCGUUAAAUCACCCCGCUGAUCUCUAUGAUUUCCAUAUUUAUACAAAUUCUAAGGACAUGUUUUAUAAGUCUACCAAGUUCGAUAAGGCACCACGAUCCGGUCCAAAGGCGUUUGUUAGUGAGUAUGCUGUUUGGCAUGAAGAUGCUAAAAAAGGAAGCCUUUUGUCUGCUGUGGCUGAAGCUGCAUUCCUUAUUGGACUAGAAAAGAACAGUGAUCUCGUCCACAUGUUCUGCUAUGCACCGCUUUUUGCAAAUGCAAAUAACUUGAAGUGGAUUCCGGAUGCAAUUGUAUUUAACUCUUAUCAGCUUUAUGCAACUCCAAGUUAUUGGCUGCAGACACUUUUUAGUGAGUCCAGUGGAGCAACCUUCCUCAAUUCAACACUUCAAACUGCUUCCAACUCACUUGUAGCUUCUGCAAUCAAGUAUAUAAAUUCUGUAGAUAGGAAGAAUUACCUCAGAAUAAAGGUAGUGAAUUUUGGAAGUGGCAGCGAGAACUUGAGGAUUUCUAUAAAUGGAUUGAAUUCAAACGUGCAACUACCUGGCUCGACAAUGACAGUGCUAACCUCAACCAAUGUAAUGGAUGAAAAUUCCUUCUCCGAGCCAUAUAAGAUUGCGCCACGACAAACUUCACUUGACAACGCAAGCACGAACAUGAAUGUCAUUCUUCCUCCACAUUCAGUUACAUCAUUUGAUCUAUUAACAUAG